CCCAGAGGAAUUGCUGUAUCUGGGGCAGCAGGAAGCUGUGCCUUUUGCAGUAUGCUUUAGAGCCACUUUUUUUUGGGUACCCACUCCUGUGAAAUCUACGGCUUCAGUAAUGUAUGUAGAGCUGUAGGGUAAAAGAACAGCCCAGAAAGCAACUCGCAUGCAAAACGUUAACAUUCCUGCUGUUGGAAGGCUCACGAGUCAAACUCCAAGCGUGCAGAGGAUCAGGGAUACAAGUAUAAAAGGAUUUCACUAACAGCGUGAAUGACAGAGGAGGUGCCCCCGACUGCACUUACGGAUGUAAACCUGCGUCUUCUCUGCCACGAUGACAUAGACACAGUGAAACAGCUCUGUGGCGACUGGUUCCCAAUAGAGUACCCUGACUCAUGGUACCGAGAUAUCACUUCCAACAAGAAGUUCUUUUCCCUGGCAGCCACAUAUAGAGGCUCCAUCGUGGGAAUGAUAGUGGCAGAGAUCAAGAGCAGAACAAAGGUGCAUAAAGAGGAUGGAGACAUCCUAGCUUCCAAUUUUCCUGUGGACACUCAAGUUGCUUACAUCCUAAGUCUUGGAGUGGUGAAGGAGUUCAGAAAACAUGGAAUAGGUUCGCUCUUGCUUGAAAGUUUAAAAGACCACAUAUCAACGACUGCCCAGGAUCACUGCAAAGCCAUCUACCUGCACGUCCUCACCACUAACAACACAGCAAUAAACUUCUAUGAAAACAGAGACUUUAAACAGCACCACUAUCUUCCCUAUUAUUAUUCCAUCAGAGGGGUCCUCAAAGAUGGCUUUACCUAUGUCCUGUACAUCAAUGGCGGGCAUCCACCCUGGACAAUCUUUGACUACCUACAGCACAUUGGAUCAACGCUAGCCAGCCUGAGCCCGUGUUCAAUUCCCCAGAGGAUAUAUCGACAAGCCCAGAGCCUUCUCUGCAGCCUUCUGCCCUGGUCUGGCAUUUCCGCCAAGAGCGGCAUUGAAUAUAGCCGGACGAUGUGACUGGAUCAGAAGAUGUACAAAAAGCAAAGGAUUGUUCUUCCUUUCACCUCCUGAACCAUCCGGCUCUGCACUGAUUCCAGGGAUGACGGCUCUUGGUCAGUGACCCAGCCCCUGGACGGGACUCCUUGUUCCACAGGUCGCCCGAGAUUUGGCAGACUUCCCACUUGUCGGGCUGCAGCCCUGACUUACCCCCGUGGCCUGGAGCCUGAGCGCUGCCCAGGCAGGCCUGGCUCGUGCGAGGUGUCUGGGCUGUGCCGUAGCUGAGGGCCCUUUGCAUCACCGGUCUGUGUGCAUGUUGCACUGUCCCCGCCACUUCCCUUGCCUCUGGUUUGCUCCCAUUUCUAUACGUGGUGUAGAGGGGCUCGGCUGCCGCUUCCGCACCAUGGCUACAGAAAGCGGCGUGAAUGAGGUUAACGAGUCUGCGCUGGCCAGCCGGGUCAGUGAGCCCUAAGAGCCCUGGCAGGCCGCUGCUGGCAGAACAUACAGUCAUGCCCUUGUUGCGGGGAAGGGAGGAGCUGGGCGAGGGGAAGCGGAGCGAGGAUCAUGUCUGGGUCCUGCCAAGUCAGCUGCUUCCUGCGGGUAACUUCCAGGGAGGGCAACUGCCUCGCAUGAGAAAGCACCCAGCCCCGCUAGCUGUCUGGAGUGACUUAAACAGAAGCAUCUAAUUCAGGAUGCAUCAAGUAGAAGGCAGGGAAUGAAAUUGCUAUUUCAUAGUGAAAUAUAUAUAUAUAUAUAAUACUGUAUAGAUCUUUCUGCCUUUGUCCAAGUUGGAAUGUAGCAGGGCAGGGGAGCUGCGGGUGUAGAGCCACUGCUGCAGCCAGAGCCCUUCCCCUCCGCUGCAUGCACCCUCCCUCGGCACCGGGGCUGGACUCUUGCAGGAUCUUUAGGGAUGAGAUCUGUGUACAGAUCACGACAGCUUUUCCUUGCUGAAGAAAAGCCCCCCAGCUGCUCAGCGGUGUGCUUCAGGCCGUAGCCCAGGCACCCCCGGGGCUGUGCCAGCGGGCAGUGUCCCCACAGCUGCGCAGCCAUGCCCUGGCUGCAGGACCCCGCGGUGACUGGGCACGGUUAUGCCCUGCCUGCGCAGAGGCCCCGAUGUGCCAGUGUGCUGCAGCCAGGCCGGGGACCCUUCUGCGCCUUGGAGCGAGGUCGGGUGAGCGCUUUGCUUUGAAGUUGGGAGUCUCUGCAGCUCCCCCAGCCCGGGCACGUGUCGGAGGUGCAGGUGUUCCUGCACCCUGCCGGGUUCCCCUGGCAAAGCCCCUUCCCCGGCUGAGGCCCUUCCCCUGCUCAGCGCCAUGUUCCUUGUUCCCCUUAUUUUGAAACUGGGACCUGAGCAAAGGAGGCCUGAGCCAGAGCGGGUGCAUCGCCUCCACGCGCAGGCAGUGCCGGCCCUGGCAGCGGGCACGGGCAGGACCUGAGGCUGACACAACACACGUCAGGCUUAGAAGGGAGAGAAGGCGCGUUAAGGUCUUGCAGUCACGUCAGUGUCUGUAACCCCUGAGGUGGGAGUUCAUUAGUAAAAGGGUGCAGGAGGUGAGCUUACUGGUUCCCGAGAAGGGUGGCUGGGACUAGCUGUGCCCUCUGCCGCCGCGGCGCUGGCACAGUGUGCUGCCGCUCAGCUCGGCGGUGGCUCUGGCGCAGCAAGCCUCAGUGAGCGCCGCUUCCCCCAUGGCCGGACGCCGGGAGCAGAUCGCUCCGGCCCCAGGGGUGGCACGUACCCUGUUCUGGUGCUCUGCUGGGAGGUGCUGGUCCCUCUCCGGGGACUCAGAGGUCUGGCUCAGUGGCUGUUUGACACCAGGUAAAAAGGUGUCUCCCUGAGGAUGGUCCAUCCUUGGGGACCUUCAAGCCCAAGGAAGCCAGGGCUGACCGCUGCGCGGCUGCCGGAGCAGAGCGCUCCGGAGGCUCCUUCCAGCCCACAGGUCUCUGGUUCCCGGUCAGUUUAGACGCGCAAGUGGUGCUGUGCUGGAUGCCAGGCUGCGGCCCCUGCCCUGCAUGCAGCAGUCGAGUUCAGGCUGGAGGGACGCGGUUUUGUGGCAGAGGAAGGGCAGUGGGGCAGGCAGCUGCACGCCGAGCUGGGGCUGAAGCUCGCAGGAUCAGCUGAGGCGCCGCUCGGCAUUUAGCUGGGCCGCAGGGUGGGAGAGGAGCUGCUCACUUGGUGGGUUUGCAGCCCACUGCCCCCAGAGCUCACCUCUGCAGGGCUGCGCGCUCCUGCCUGCGAGCAGCAUGGGCAGACGAGCAGUGUGGCCGAGGGCUUGGCUGAGCAGCCGUGUCCCACCGCCGGGCAGCCCCGGGCACCCUGUGCCUCCCCCCAGCGCCAUGGAGCUGGCUGGGCCCUUCGGCCGGGCUCCGGCUGCCACCCCCUCACCGUGGGGGCUCGGCUGCCUCCAGCAGGUGCCCUGGCCGUGCUCCUCUGCCCAACCUCAUGCCAAGCAGCUCUGCCUGCGUGUGUUGCUGAGGUGCUGGCUGCGAGGCUUCAGCUGUCCCUGUUGCCCCUCUCGCAGCUCAGCUGGCAGGGGAGGUGGGGCAGGGGCUACUGCAGCCCCUCCUAGCCACAGUGCUUUCCCCGGGGGAGACCUGAAGCCCCCUUCCAGCCUCAUUUGUGUUACCACUCUUUGGUUUUGGGCUUUUUUCUUUUUUUUUUUUUCUUAACCACAUUUUAAACACAUCUAUUGGUUUGCAUGAGUUUCUUUAGGAACUCAAGCCCCUGGUUUUCCUCAGCACUUGCUUUCUCUGGACCAGAAUGUAUCUCUUUCUCUGCUGAUUGCCUGGGACUGACCUUCCCCCAGCUUUCUCUCCUGCCCGUUACACAGCCCAACUCCGCUGCUGCGGAACUUGAGCACAUCCCGAGGGAAGCUGUGACUGGUCUGUGUCCUUCUGCCACCCUGUCCUCCGAGGCAUCGGCCACAUCCCCACCUCGUAGCCCCUUAUUUAUUGAGGAGCGUGCUGUCACCGCCAGCCUCUCUAAAUGUCUUCAAUUAAACCAAACCUCUUUUCCGA